ACGGGGGGCAUUGAUUAGUAUAAAUAGGGAGACAGAGUCCUUGGCCUUCCCCACAGCGUUUGGAGUUUGGUUGUUUCAAGGUCUGGUCAGCCUCUAGCGAGUCACAUUCUUUGCUUCAAACCCAUUCGUUCUCACUCGCUUCAGAUUGAGAAAUGGCAGCAGAAACCUUUCUAUUUACAUCUGAGUCUGUGAACGAGGGUCACCCUGACAAGCUAUGCGACCAGAUCUCCGAUGCAGUGCUCGAUGCAUGCCUUGAACAGGAUCCUGACAGCAAGGUUGCCUGUGAGACAUGCACCAAGACCAACAUGGUCAUGGUCUUUGGUGAGAUCACAACCAAGGCCAAUGUAGACUAUGAGAAGAUUGUCCGUGACACAUGCCGCAGCAUUGGAUUCAUCUCCGAUGAUGUUGGUCUCGAUGCUGACAAAUGCAAGGUCUUGGUCAACAUUGAGCAGCAGAGCCCUGAUAUCGCCCAGGGUGUGCACGGUCACUUCACCAAGCGCCCAGAGGAAGUUGGUGCUGGUGACCAGGGUCACAUGUUUGGCUAUGCCACUGAUGAAACCCCUGAGUACAUGCCUCUAAGCCAUGUCCUUGCAACCAAACUCGGCGCUCGCCUCACCGAGGUAAGGAAGGAUGGUACCUGUGCUUGGUUGAGGCCUGAUGGCAAGACUCAAGUAACUGUUGAGUACUACAAUGAAAAUGGUGCCAUGGUUCCAGUUCGUGUCCACACUGUUCUCAUAUCCACCCAGCAUGAUGAGACUGUGAGCAAUGACCAGAUUGCUGCUGACCUUAAAGAGCAUGUUAUCAAGCCUGUCAUUCCUGAGAAGUACCUGGAUGAGAAGACCAUCUUCCACCUUAACCCUUCUGGUCGUUUUGUCAUUGGUGGCCCCCACGGUGAUGCUGGUCUCACUGGAAGAAAGAUCAUCAUUGAUACCUAUGGAGGCUGGGGUGCCCAUGGUGGAGGUGCCUUUUCUGGCAAGGACCCUACUAAGGUUGACAGAAGUGGUGCCUAUAUUGUAAGACAGGCUGCAAAGAGUGUUGUGGCUAAUGGCCUUGCCAGAAGGUGCAUUGUUCAAGUUUCUUAUGCCAUUGGUGUCCCUGAGCCCUUGUCAGUGUUUGUUGACACUUAUGGAACUGGGAAGAUUCCUGACAAGGAGAUUCUUCAGAUUGUGAAGGAGAAUUUUGACUUCAGACCUGGAAUGAUCACCAUUAACUUGGACCUCAAGAGGGGUGGCCAUAGGUUCCUCAAGACCGCUGCCUAUGGACACUUUGGAAGGGAUGACCCAGACUUCACCUGGGAAGUUGUGAAGCCACUCAAGGGAGACAAGUCUCAGGCCUAAGAGUUGUGAAAUUAACCCCUCCAUUCAAUGAAUGUCUUACUGGGUGUGGAUGAAUAAUUUGUGUGUCUCAUUGCUACUACUCCCUCCAUUCAUAGGUCUAAUACCAUCUCAUCACCAUCAUACCUAAGCUGCUCGAUAUUUUUUUUUACUUACAAUUUAUUUUUUGUUAAUGCAAUGUUACCGAGUUGAUGCGAAUGAAAAUUGUUUUGAACACCAUUACUAUUUUAAUUAAACUUCCAUUUUAAAAAUUUCA